CUCCGAAGCCGCCACCGAGCCGAAGCGCCGGAACCCUCAGCGCCGCCCAAGUCGCCGUCUUCUCCCAGCGAAGCGGAGAUGGAUACUUCAGUUCCUUCACCAUUUGUCAAUGGAGAGACUCUGAAGAUGUUUGUUGGGCGAAGAGUGCGCACAGUGGUUCAAGUCCAACGCAAUGAAAGUGGAGUUCUUGUCGUCCAGUCCACUGAUGGGCAUCAGUUGACCAUCAGAGGUGCUCCUGGUGCCCCUGAAGCACCGCACUAUAUAGAGGUUAUGGGAAUCCCUGACAGCAACCAGUCCAUCCGCGCUGAAAGUUGGACAGAUUUUGGUGAAAACUUUGAUCCUGUGCCAUUCAAUGGACUGUGCAAGCUUGCAAGCGACAAGUACAAGUACCUGUUCCUGUAGAAGUUCAGCAUCGCAUAGAAGACGUUUGGCAAAUCGAGCAUGCUUGGAAUUGAUGCUUCGUUUAUCGCUUUAAGAUCUGUUCAAACGUUACUUCAGUCACCUCAGUAAUUUGGGUCAACUUUAUGCACUUAUUAGACAUAUUAACCUAAUCUAAUCUAUGUAUCCCUAUGGCGGCAAG